CUGGCUCUGAUUAGUUACAAGGCUCUGACGCUUCUGAUUGGCCGGGCUCACUACCAUCCCAGGGUGCUGUGGGGCACUUCCUCCUUUCCCGGCCGUGAGCCCUCAGAGGAGGCCUUUCGGCCGCAGCCAUGGCGCCCAGCCGGAAUGGCAUGAUCCUGAAGCCCCACUUCCACAAGGACUGGCAGCGGCGCGUGGCCACAUGGUUCAACCAGCCGGCUCGCAAGAUCCGUAGACGCAAGGCCCGGCAGGCCAAAGCGCGCCGCAUCGCCCCGCGCCCCGCGUCGGGUCCUCUCCGGCCGGUGGUGAGAUGCCCGACGGUCAGGUACCACACGAAGGUUCGCGCCGGCAGGGGCUUCAGCCUGGAGGAGCUUAGGGUGGCCGGCAUCCACAAGAAGGUGGCCCGGACCAUUGGGAUCUCGGUGGACCCGAGGCGGCGGAACAAGUGCACGGAGUCCCUGCAGGCCAACGUGCAGCGGCUCAAGGAGUACCGCUCCAAACUUAUCCUGUUCCCCAGGAAGCCCUCGGCCCCCAAGAAGGGAGACAGCUCUGCUGAAGAGCUCAAACUGGCCACUCAGCUGACUGGACCUGUUAUGCCAAUACGGAACGUCUAUAAGAAGGAGAAAGCCAGAGUCAUCACAGAGGAGGAGAAGAACUUUAAGGCAUUUGCUAGUCUCCGCAUGGCCCGCGCCAACGCCCGGCUCUUUGGCAUCCGGGCAAAAAGGGCCAAGGAAGCCGCAGAACAGGAUGUUGAAAAGAAAAAAUAAAGUGCUGUUGGCAACUUAUGAUAAACUUGCAGUGUCCAUGUGACCUUCGUUAUGUAAGGAGCAAGGGCCUGGGGGGACCUCGAGGGGGACCUGAGGUGUGUCUGACCUUUGUCACAACAGAGUUGUGAGGGAAGCGCUUUGGUACCUGGGAGGCUUGUGCUUAGUGAGUGUUCUUGUCUGGACCCUCCAGCCCAGGAGGUGCUGUGUAUUCCCAUUACUAUUAAAAUACUAUUUUCACAUCUAAA